GUUUGAACUGGGUUGGUGACACACCCACGCCUGAACUGGGUCAAACACUGAGCUGAAUAGUCAGGCCAACACGGAGGUACAUCGGUCCAUAUAGACGUACACGCCCAGUCAAGUCAGUUACUGUGCCGGGUGCACCAGGUAAAACAUGGCGUCAAGGACCAAGCAGUGGAUAGUGCUCGUCGUGGCCUUUGUGGUGGCAGCGGUCGUUAUUCAUGAUAGAUAUACACCCUAUACCAACGUUGGAUACCAAAAGGACAGUAUCAUCCAAAUGAUUUCAACAGAAGUGGAAAAUCAGCUGCAAAACCGACAACAGAACAGAAAAACUGGGAAGGAUCCCUUAAGGAUAACGGAGUGGUGGCAAGCCUCGUCCCUCUUGAAGUGGGACUGGGAGAAGCCACCGGAGUAUCUGUGUGGGGAGAUGGUGAAAAAAGGCAACUGGCACGUCUGCAUGGACAAACUAUUUAAUAUCAAGCCACCUUGUCUCGUGUAUUCAUUUGGUAUCUGGAACGACUUUUCGUUUGAUGACGCGAUGGGGAGACUUGGCUGUGAAGUUCACUCUUUUGAUCCAAGUAUUGGAAAGAAGUCCCACAACAGGAGCGACAACGUCCACUUCCACGAUAUUGGCCUCUCCGGGACGGAUGACGACAUGUUUGUCCCCACUAAAAACAUCUACGUUAACAAGACAACGACAUGGAAGGUCCGACGUCUCGGUACUAUCAAGGCGAUGCUGGGACACGCCGAUAAGCACAUCGAUUACCUGAAGAUGGACGUAGAGUCCAGUGAAUGGCCGGCUCUGAAGGACGUGGUGAGAUCGGACCUUCUCUCCGCGGUCCGGCAGUUUGGUAUUGAGUGGCACUUGUUCUCGGCCUAUCCCAGCAAACACCAGUACGUCGGCUUCUAUAAAACUGUCAUGGCAAUAAAGGAAACAGGGUUUCGCACUAUAAGAUCUGAUUUCCACAAAAAGAACUUCCGAGAAAGAGGCUGGCGUCUCCAGGCAGAUGUAAAUUACGUCAAUACGUUGUAUACAGAUUUAUGAAUGUUGCACACUUGCUUCAAUUCCUUGUAUACAGAUUUGUCACUGCCAUUUCUUGCUUCUGUAUACACUAUUUUAACUCAGUCACGCUAUUGCUUCAAAGGCACUUAAAAACUCCAUUAAUACUUUUUGGCCCGUAGGCGUUCAGUGUGGAAAUGUAUCAUUUAGACACAGCCGUGUUGUCGGUGCGACUGAAACACUGACCACAUGGGCUGGUCGGUGUUGAUUGACUCCCGCAACAGACGCGCGAUAUUGCACAUAAUGUUCCCAACACUGACGCUAGCAAUGUAUUUGGGCGGGGAGAACGCACAUCUCUGGUUGAACACACACCAAUUACAUCUACCUAUCUAUCCAUCCAUCCAUCCAUCCAUCCAUCCAUCUAACACAUAGCAUCGUGUCUCAAUCUAACAAUCGCUGGCUCACACAGGACAGCACACAGCAGAUGUAAUGCAGCAUAAUGCAGCUCUCGUCCAAGCUGGUAACUGAUUAAUCUGAAACAUAGCUGUGAUUAUGUGAGUGAGUGAGUAUGGUUUUACGCCGCUUUUAGCAAUAUUCCAGCAAUAUCACGGCGAGGGACACCAGAAAUGGGCUUGGCACAUUGUAACCAUGUCGGGAAUCGAACCCAGGUGUUCGGCGUGACGAGCGAACACUUUAACCACAUGACUACCCCACUGCCCCGCUGUAAUUAUGUGUAACAUAUUGUUACAUUACGUUGAAUAUAAAUAUUCGUAAUUGACUGAAUAUCCUUGGUCGUUUGAAAUCAACGAUGUCUUCCAAGUUUAUCUUGGAUGAAUUCAGUUGUACGCAAACACAUUCAGAUCCACUUACAGGGGUGUUCCCUGCAGAGGGCACUUCUAAGGGUAUCUUUUACAGGCGCUUCAGGGACUAUGUUGUGUACUGAGAACAUCCCCUGACUCGGCCACGCCACCUAUUUAUGACAAUUGUAAGAGAUUGCAUCCAUAGAUUCCAGCAGACGUUGGUAGACGGGCAUAGCACGUAGUGAAAUAAUGUGCUCAUUUUGUAAUACCAAUGACCUCGAUGACGGGUAUUGCUUGAUGCCAAUAAUGGCAUUUUGCAAAUUGUAGAGGAAUUCUGUAUGACCACACUGACUGCUGAUAACUAUGUGGGAUUAAUCCUGUGAGUAACAUUCACUCAGGAUGUUUUCAAACCCACGGAAUAAGAUGUAUUCGAUGUCGAUCCGAUGCCAUCAUCUGUAAUUUUGGACAAAUAUUCGUCCAAGUCAUUUAAAUAACAAGAAAACAAUUUUGGACAGAAAACUUCCUAUAAACAAAACAUUUUUGUUUUUUGUAACUCUUAAAGAUUAUGGCAGAAAAAAAACUACGCCUAAAACCUUAACGUGGUUCUGAAAACAAACUGUUUGUUUCGAAAUAUUCGCCAAUUAUAUUGCUGACAACUGAAGCAACCAAUUUUCCAAUACAACUAGCUUGUAGCCAAACGAGUUCACAUUUUUCCCCUCGUUCACUCGCGUAGUAGACAGAUUAUUGUAUCUCAGAUAUUUACAAAUAGUUAAUGACUGGAUAUAUUCACUGGAGUGAGGAACAUUUCAUGGACUGUGUCUGUUCUAUUAUUUGCUUCCAGUCAGUAAACUGUGCCUCACCAACGCAUUUUGGGUAGCGGAUUGAAAAUGAAUGUGCGCGUGUUUUAACUGAAUAUUGUUUUACGUCAGAAGCAUGUUGGUCGAUGUUUGGUUAGUCUCUCCCAAGUCGUCGUCGAGCAGGCGAUGUUCAUCUUUUCAGCAUAACUCUCCAGUCCUAUACUGACUGAUUUCAUGUGGGUGAUGCACAAUGUUCGGGUGUGGUAUUCCAUUGUGGUAAGGGACCGGCCACUUGAUAUUGGGGUGGUGGUGGGGGGAUGAGUGUGUGUGUGUGUGUGUGUGUGUGUGUGUGUGUGUGUGUGUGUGUGUGUGUGUGUGUGUGUGAGAGAUAUUUUUUCAGCUACAUCAAGCAGACAUCUUUUAAUUAAAGCUGAUGAGCCUGAAUAUUCUUUUUUUCAAAACUCUGAAGCACAACAGUAUUUUUUCAAGGCAUUAUAGGACAACCUUUUCUAGGGUCCCACCUCUACCCCCGAAUAUUAAGGGUCGGUCCCUAUAUUUGAAUAUUUUUGUUUUGUAUGUAAACAGGUAUUUAUGUCAUAUUAAAGGUGAAGUGAAAUCUUG